AUGGUAGUGAGUGUGAAGAGCUUCUGCACGCGGUCCUUCGGGCUGGGGGCCCCCCCGGGGGGCCCCCUGGGCCGUUUGCUGCAGGGGGUGUUUGGGGCCAUAGGGGAGUGCUGCAUGCAGCUGCCACGGGGCCUCUUCUUGUGGGAACUGCUGCACCCCCAGACAGAAAGUGGGUACCCUCUUUUGAGUCCUUUGGGGAUUUAUGGAGUGAGACUUUUCCUAGAAGGUCGCUGGAGACUUGUGGAAAUAGACGACAGGGUACCGGACGGGGGCCCCCGGGGGGCCCCCGUCUUCCCGCUUUCCAGCGACCCCCGCGAGGCGUGGGGGCCCCUCCUCGCCAAGGGCCUCCUCAAGGCCUUCAGGGGGCCCCUCCUCCAGGGGGGGGGGGCCCCCCCCCUGAUGGAGGCCCUUACAGGUCGCAAAGAAGUCUCUUUGCCUUUAUCUCCUUCUCUCCUUUCUUCUUACUGCCUCAGGGGCCUCUGGGCCUCUGUCAAGCUCCGCAGCAAACCCCCUGCUGCUGCUGCUGCUGCUGCUGCUGCUGCGGACGCCGGGGGAGCCGCGGAAGCCCCGCAGCGGGGGUCCCCCGGGGGCCCCCACGACGGGGGCCCCUGGGAGGAGCUCCUUGGCUGGACCCCUUUUCUUGUUGCUGCUGUUAAAGAGGGGCCCCCCCCUGCUGUGUCUCUUUUAAAUCGACACACUGGGGGGGGGCCCCUCCAGGACUUGGUGGGGGCCCCUGGCGAGCUGCUGCAGGCCCUUC